AUGGCAGGACGGCCACGUUCCAACACGGGCGGUGUCGGCUCGCGCAGCACCGCCCAUUCUCGCGCACAGGCCUCCGUGGGACCGCCCAUGAAAGUGACCAUCACCCGUAGCCACGUCUAUCCCUCGUCCUCCAUGCGCCUCUCCAUCUACAACUGGCGCAAAUACAGCCGGAAAGAGCACACGGGCCUGAUGGGCCGCGUCAUCCUACCCCUAGACUUCCUGCGACAACGCGUGGCGCACCAAGAAUACAACGAAAGUUUGGAAGUGCUGUACGAUGGCGAGGCAGCCGGCACCAUCUACGUGACAUUUGAAAUUGUACGCGAGCAAAAACAGCCCCUCUUCUUUGGACACAGUAACACGUCGUCGCACUGUCCGCAACGCGCUGGCACCUCGAGCCGCUCCAACUCAUUGCGUCGGCGUAGUGGUGGCUCAAUUGAGCCUGCAUCCGCAACCUCGUCCGCAACUGUAUCUGCCAUCGCCUCGGAAACAGCCAGCCCGGCGAGCACUGCCUCCUUCAACGCCUCGCGCAGCGAGAUUAUGCGCGCCACGGGUCGCUCCUCGCACGGCACACCCCGCCGUCGAUCGCGCCCGCAGCCCUCGGCACACACUCUCCAACUCCUCCGUGAAUCGCUGCCCACCGGGUGGGAAGCGCGGCUGAGCCCGGGUGGUGAAGUUUACUAUGCCAACCACAUCACGCGCACGACGCAAUGGCAAAAACCUACAGAAGAGGCUGAGGCCAGCGUUGAUGAGGCUCAGAAUGCCUCGAUUCGCCGCCUCGAAUCCUACGAGCGACGUUCCCUUCUCGUCUCUGAUUUGGACGUUCAACAAGACGACGACAACUUUGGCUUUCCCGACGAGAUUGGUUCUCCCGUCUCCACACCCCCCACACGUCCACUGCCACGCUCUGUUUCCACGAUCAUGGAGCAGGCAGAAAGCCCUGCUCCUUCUCUGGAUGACAGCGUGGUCGAGCUCAGUGAGCCUCGAUCUCCAGCUGCCUUGGCACCCAGCAGCUCGUUUGAGAGCAAUCCCACAACUCCCACCACAACGCCUCCACACCGCCGCUCGCGCCUCGUCUCCGGCUCACCUAAUCCGCUCAGCCGCCACUGGUCCGAGUUUGUGGUUGAAGACGCUCAAGGCGAAUUUCCCAUUGGCUGGGAGCAGCGCUUCACGGCCAGCGGACGCCCCUACUAUGUUGACCACAUCAACCGAUCUACUACGUUUACUGACCCUCGUCAAGAAGCUGAACGUCGCCGUCGCGAAGAGGCACUGUCACAGGAAGCGCAGUUGCCUCAAUACAAGCGCGAUCUGCGCCGCAAACUUCUCAAGCUCCGCCAUCUCGUACAUCACAAGCAAGACAAGGAUGCACAAAAAUACGGCGUGCGCUUAUCAGACCGGGAAUACCGCAUGGAGGGCACUGAGAUUCGAGUGCGCCGCGACCAUCUCUUUGAAGACAGCUUUGACACAAUUACCAAAAUGACCUCGGUGCAAUUACGG